AUAAUAACAUAUUCCCACGUAGAGAAUCAUAUGCAGGGAUGCAGAAGAAUGAUGAUGUUGACCAAAGUGUCUGUAUACCACCAGCUGAAAUAGCGUCCGAGGAUGAGGAACUCAUAAGCAGUGCACGCAUGACAACAGCUGAUGCAAUACCUGAAAAUGAUUUUGACCCAAGUGUCUGUAUACCACCAGCUGAAAAUCCGUCCGAGGAUGAGGAACUCAUAAGAAGUGCACGCAUGACAACAGCUGAUGCAAUACCUGAAAAUGAUUUUGACCCAAGUGUCUGUAUACCGCUAGCUGAAAUACCGUCCGAGGAUGAGGAACUUAUUAGCAGUGCACGCAUGACACCAGAUGAUGCAAUACCUGAACAAAAUGUAUUAAUUGACAAUGACAUAAAAAAUCAAGAAGAUGAUGCAACAACAAAAAUAAAACAGUCAUUAAAGGAAAGAUUGGUGAAAGAUGAUAUUUUCAGACGUAAAUUUAUAUUAUGGAUUUUUCUUUGUAUGUCUACCGGUAUUCUGGGUUGGGUUAUUGGACAAUUAGGUCCCUCGCUUCUGGACCUGAAAGAGAUAACUAAUUGUAGACUAGAAGAAGCUUCGUUUUUUCUGACGUCGGUGUUUAUUGGCUAUCUGAUGGGAACGAUUGUCAGUGGAGCUAUUUACCAGCGGAUGAACCCGUUCUUGUUGAUUUUCCUUGGAAUUACUACUCUCGGUGUUACGUCUGCGGCGAUUCCAUGGUGCUCUCUUUAUGGGAUAAUGAUUUCUAUGCAUAUAUUGAAGGGUUUUGGUUUUGGCGUUCUCGAUACAGCUGGAAAUUCUGUCUUUAUUUCCAACUUUAAAAACGAGAAGGGAAUACAGUCCUAUCUACAUGCUAUACAUCUAAUGUUUGCUGUUGGUGGAUUUUUGUCUCCAAUAGCAACAGCUCCGUUUUUAAUGCAGGAUCUUCCUAGCCCACAAAUGGACGAAAAUUUAAAUUUGACCGUCUACCAAAAUUCUAGUUGGUUAGUAACAUCAAGUUUACCCUCUAUUUUAUUCAUAGAGAACAAAACUGAUUUUUCAACAUUGCAAUAUACAUUACAGACGUCUAACAGUUCUAACCUGACAGAUCAUGAUUCACACGAUAGAAACAUUACUAAAGGUACUCAGAGACUCUCAGUACUGUACAAAGCAUAUCUCAUUUCAGCAGGCUUGUGUUUCAUGCUUUCAAUACCAUUUGUGUUCAUGUGUUUUAGCAACAACAAAACAAACAAGGAAGAGAAAUCGAAACAAAUAACUAAAAAAUUGGAAUUGCCUAUCCGUGUAAAAUUAAGCAUUCUUUUUUUAAUGUGUCUUUUCUUGGGAAUUGAUAACGGAAUGGAAGAUACAUUCUUUGGACUAUUUACGACAUUUGUUGUGGUUCAGCUUGGAUGGACGAAGAAGAGCGGAUCAUACAUAACUUCAUUAUAUUGGGCAUCAUUUGCUUGUGGUCGUCUAAGUGCUAUUUUUAUUGGCCGAAGAUUGAAAGCUUCCAAAUUAUUACGUUAUUACAUAAACGUUUUUCUUUUAGCAAUGAUUGGACUUUUUGUGUCAACAAUGUUUGCUUUUGAUAUAGGAAUUUGGAUAUUUUUUCCAGUGAUGGGAUUUACAGUAUCUGUAUUCUUUCCAUCUAUAUUUAUAUGGACGCAAGAUUUUCUUACUGUGGCUGGAAAAGUGUCAUCCAUUUUAUUAGUUGCUGCGUCGUUAGGCUCUAUGCUUAACCCGAUUUUGAUUGGUUAUUUAAUGGAUAAUUACGAUUCAAUGUGGUUUGCGUAUAUUACACUAGCGGAUGGUAUAGUAAUGUGGAUCAUGGUGUGGAUAGCUACUUAUGUUUCUCGUUAUGUAAAAAAAUAUCGUGUUGAAGUACUUAAUGUUGAAUGUACUGAAAUUCAAGUACCUAAUGCUGAAUGUACUGAAAUUCAAGAAAAUAGUUCAUAAUAUUAAUAAGGGUUUACUGUUAUCACUGUAACAUGUAUGCUUGCAAAGGUUGUGUAGUAAAAAAAACUUCAUCUAGAACUUCCCGAGCCAAAAAGAUAGGCAGCUAAAGCGGGAUUACACAUUUGGAAUGGUUUUGCUAAAAAAAAAUGUUAUUAAAAUCACUGAAACCAUCAAAGGACAACCCAAGUUUGCCUAUGACUAAUCUGACAAAAUAAGAAAGGAAAUUUAAAAAAAAUGAUUUAAUGGUUGCUCACAUAUGUUAAAAGCACUUUUCAUGCGACCGCAAAAAAAAUGUUUGGUCGUAUAUUGGUAUUACGUUGUUGCCGUCGUCGGAGUUUAUAAAUUAGGGACGCAAAUUAAAGGGGCCAAAACAUGCAUUUACCUAGCUAUAGUUUCAGGACAAUAAGUUGUGUAUAAGUAUUUUUAUUGCUCUGAUAUUGUACCACAAUGUUCAUACCAUUAAGUAGAAGGUCUGGAUUUAUUAUAAGGGUAAUGGGGUAAACAGACUAAAACAGUCUAGGAAUUAGGGCCAAAAUGGGGCCAAAACAAGAAGUUUUGUAGCUUCGGGACAAUAAAUUAUGUAUAACUGUAUGAAUCUCUCUGACAUUGUACCACAAGGUUCCAUAUAACGCAGGAAAUGCUUAGAUUUAGUUAAUAAACCUGAACAUUUAGGAAUAAGGGGCCAAAAAGGGCAAAAAGAAUCAUUUUAUACGACCGCAAAAAUUGAAAAUUUUUUGAUCGUAUAUUGGUAUGACGUUGGCCUCGUCGUUUUCGCACAAUAACUUUAGUAUAAGUACUAAGGGGUUGUCAUUAAUAAAUUAAUAUUUCUUCUUUACUGUGAAUUCGAUCUAAAGAUAAUUAUUAAUGUGUAAUGAAUGAGUAGACAUAAAAAAGUCUUGAUAAAUAAUUUGGUUAUUUUCAUAUAAUUUAUUUGCAUAAAUUUAAAAAGCCUAGUUAUCAUGGCAU